AUGCGUUUCUCAUCUGCCCUGACUUAUUCUUCCUUGGCCGUCCUCGGACUCGGACUACCACUGGCCCUCCGAAACACGUUGCUCAAUGAAUUCCUGACAGUGCUUCUCCAAAACCUGCCAGACAUCAACGAGGACCUCAACGAUGGCACCACCAUAAUCACAGAUCUGGACACAGUGCUCGGCAAAAUCACCGGCGCCACGACAACAUACAACGAUCUCGACAGCGGAUCAUGUGCCGAAUACACACUCAUCUUUGCACGAGGAACAGCCGAGCCGGGCAACUUUGGGGUACUCGUCGGACCUCCGUUUGUCUGGGCUUUGCAGGAUAUUGUUGGCACGGACGGGUUGACGAUCCAGGGAGUCAACGACUACUCUGCCUCGGUGGCGGGCUAUCUGGCCGGCGGUGACGCUGAUGGAAGUGCCAAUAUGGCCUCUCUCAUCAACCAAGCACACUCCUCGUGCCCCGACACCAAGGUCAUCGCUUCCGGAUACUCGCAAGGAUGCCAGAUCGUGCACAAUGCCAUUGGGCAACUCGACGCCGACACUGCCUCGUGGAUCAGCAAGGUUGUGCUUUUCGGCGACCCAGACAACGGCACUGCCCUCGACAAUGUCGACUCUGCCAAUGUCCUGACCUACUGCAACACAGACGACAACAUCUGCGUCAACGGCGACCUUAUUCUGCCGGCGCAUUUGAUUUAUGCUAAGAAUGUGGUUACUGCUGCGACGUUUGCUACGUCUUGA